GGCCCCGCCCCGCCGCUAUAAGCCGCGGGCGGAGCGGCGAAGGGGUCCGGGCAGCGAUGGCCGCGAACCGGGUGGGCAGGCGGCUGGGCCGGGGGUCGCCGGCGCGGGCCCUCGGCGCCCCCCGCCCGGAGCCGGCCCGCAGCCCCGGCCUGCAGCGGCGCCACGCGCGGGUCACGGUCAAGUACAACCGGCGGGAGCUGCAGCGGCGCCUCGACACCGAGAAGUGGAUCGACGGCUGCCUGGAGGAGCUGUACCGCGGGCGGGAGGCCGAGAUGCCGGACGAGGUGAACAUCGACGAGCUCCUGGAGCUGGACACGGAUGAGGAGCGGGCCAGGAAGCUGCAGGGCAUCCUGCGGUCGUGCGGGAACAGCACGGAGGACUUUGUGCGGGAGCUGCUCCUCAAGCUGCGGGGGCUCCAGAAGCAGCAGGCGCUGCAGCAGCCCAGCCCCGACGAGCAGGAGCUGCAGGACCACGCGUGACCCUGAUCUGCCCUGCCGCAGCCUCCGCUCCCCAGAUUUGGCCCCGGCAAGGAACGAAGGGGGCCCGUCUGCCCGCCCAGUGCCACAUGCGUGCAUGGCCCCGUGCACAUCCCGGACCCGGACCUGGACCUGGAAUAAAGCCUCUGGGUUGCA